AUGGCAUCAGGUCAGCAGGAGCUGCGCGCUUGGCGCAAGGAGAACGACAUGGUCAAUCGACGCCACAGUAUCACGUUUCGUGAGACGAUUCCUGUCUCUGGUGCUAAUAUGCCAUUUGAAGAGUUGUUGGCUCGAGAAUUGCGUAAAUCCCAUGAAAAUGGGUCAAAAGGGGUUGGAAUUAGUGAUAAAAAGACGAGUAAAAAGUCGUAUCUGAAGAAAGGAGCACGUGGGUGGUGGAUGCAACAACGAGACGCUAAGAAAAAGCUAGUCAAGCACAAACUCACGUCCAAUAGUGAAAAUAAGAUAAAGACAAGAUCAAUGAUGCAAAGAAGACCCAGAGAUGAAAGAUAUCUGUCAGCUCCAUUGUCUGAACAUCUUUCUUGGUCACCGGAACAAGGGCAGACUGUAAGAAACAAUCUGCAGACUCUAUCACCAUUGAUGUCGCCGAAUCAACGGACACACUACAGUUUUAAAGACGAGGUGCAGCAGCAUAUGGUGUCGAAUGAUAAUUUUUCAGUUUGGAAAAACGCUUCACUCCGUUCUACGACCAGCACAGACAUUAUGGGCAUACAGAACGUGAGACAGUCAUAUGAAGCAAACCAAGAGCGUGAAGCCAAUGAUAUGGCAGUGUUUGAGGCGAUUGAGCGCGAUCUGGCGGUAGAAAAACAGGCGUUUUUGAUGGAAAAACAUCAACAACAGCAGAAUAAGCCAAUUGAACAGCGAGAACAAAUUUAUCGCGACAACCAGUCGGGUGCUAACUACUGCGGAUUGCCAUAUUCGUCAUUCGUGUCGGACCUUAAUGAACAAGAAGAAUUGAGGCGGCAGACCGGUAGACGAAAUUUGUCUUUUGAUGGCAGUCGGGAUGACGAAAUUGACUCGGCACUGGUGUUUGACGACUACUCAGCUCUAUCAAAAGAUGAUGAAGUGUCUGAACAAGACGGUUCUACCUGCCAACUUCGAGAACAUUUCGACUACGGGAAUUGCUGCGGCGACUCACGUUCGAAUCUGAGUUCAAGCUUUUUCGAUGAUUCUGUAGCAUGGAAUGACGGAUUAUCAUUGCAGUCACGGCAAAGUGUAGCGCAUACACAAUCUUCAAACAUUGCUGCGGCUGGCUUAAACGUUUCUCCUGACAAGAAUGAUUGUUUAACUGGUGAGGAUGCUAGACAGCAAACAAGCAAACGUGAACUGUAUUUUGCAGAGUGCAAUGGCGACGGAGCUGACGCACUUGAAAACAAUAAGCCGGGCACUCCAGAGUUGAAAUCAGAAGGCAAUACUUCUGUUUCAUUUUUGGUGCGGCACGUGUUUGGAAAAUAUGAGCAAGAUGAAAACAGCAAUAGCGGCAGCCUCUAUUAUGAAGAUGAUAUAUAUUCAGUUAGUGAUGAUAGCACCAGCAUCAACACAGCUUGCAGGGAUCUGUCGGUACCGCCGCCGCCACCUGUUCAAGACAGGUCUUCAUCGAAUUGUACGCAGAAGGUGCGGAUUCAACAACAGCCACCCGUCACAAGAACAUCAACGAGCAAAGCAAAAGCUGAUGACAAACAAACGAAACAGGUAAAAGUAAAAAUUGCAGCAUCCUCACGUGUUCCAGGUACAAAGUUUAGCAAUGAUACACUGACGCCUUCUCGAGAUCAAUUAGCGCAGCCAGCAAAUGCUGGAAUGAUGCUUCCUGCUGUAAUAGAGGAAAAGCUGUACGAGCUAGAUGCAGAGGUCAUGUUCUACAAAUCAGAGACGCUGCAGUUCCAAAAGCGGAAAGACUACUACGACCAAGAGGUAAAGAAGCUUGCUCUCGAGCGGGACGAGUUUGUGCGGUUUCAGCAAGAGCAACGGCUUCAAAUCGAAAAGGAAUGGGAACGAGAGCGCACUAAAAUGAAGAAAGAGGCAAAACUUCAGGAACGGCAAUGGAAGCUGCGUAUGAAUGCUUCUAUAUCCCACCAGGAUCGAAAAGAUGGCGGGGAAACCGAAAUGCUCACGGCGCAGAUCAUGAAGAUGCAGAUUGAUGAGAAAGCGAGGGCGAGUAAAUGGAAGGCUGAAAAUGACAACGUGUGUCAGCGUGUUUUGGAGCUAGAGGAGAAAAACCGUGACCUAGCUGAUAAAAUUAAGUUUCUGGAGAAGGAGCGCUUAGAGCAGUGGGAACAAUAUGCGCGGCUUCUGAAGAAGACACAAGAGGCUUUAGGACUGGCAUCACAAUCUGGAGUGACUUCCAUAGUUCCGUCUGUACUCAGCGAGAAGAAUGAACUGCGCAUUCUGGAUGCCGUUUUCGCGAUUAAAGAAACGGCAGACGAACUCCUUCAGAAAUGGAAUUAUCCUCGCAAGAGGUUACCUGAUACUCAUGCUAAAAAUGACGCCACGGCAAGAUCCGCCUUCCAAGAUCACGUGCUGUCAAAUGCAGCGGACAGCUACAACCCGGAGCGGUAUAAUUAUGGCCGAGAUAGCCUUCACCCCUUGAGCGAGUCCGGGACCUUAACGGGUAAAAAUGAAUUAGAUAGACCAAGUGUAAAGGACAUGGACAUUGGUAGCGACACUGAAUACGUGCGUGCAAGUAAUGCCGCCGCCACGUACGAACGGGCACUCCCUGCAGUUGAGGAUGCUGCGGCCAAUAUUGGUUACCGGAAAUCUAACACUUGCAAAGAGGAUGGCACAAUCUCAGCGUCAACUUCAUCUCUGUCGGAGAGCAAAGUGGUGACUCGAGAGAUUGAGCAUACAGGUGGGAAGAAGGAAAUAUUGUACAUAGAUGGAAGCAGAAAGAUAAUUUUUCCGGACGGCAACGAGAAGGAUGUUGACGGUAACGGCCACACCGUCAUUAAAUUUACAAACGGUGAUCAUAAAGAGUUCUUCCCGGACACAGGGAUUACAGUAUAUUACUACUAUGAAGCUCAGACAAAGCUGACGACUUACCCGGAUAAUCGAAAGGUGUACGAAUUUCCGAAUCAGCAGAUCGAGACGAGUUUGCCCGACGGAACAAUUGAAAUUGAGUUUCCUGACGGCAUCAAGAAGACAAUUCGCCCGAAUGGCGAUGAAUUUUCCGUGUUUCCAGACGGAACGACCAUAUUGGAGCAGUCAAGUGGUCUGCGUGAGGUGACACUGCUGAACCAGAAAAAGAUCCGUUAUUUUCCAGACGGACAAAUGUCUUGUGUAUCGUUAAGCGGUCAGGAAACUCGUAUUCGAUCGGAUUCCGAGCUCAAAAAGCUGUACUUCGAUUACGUAGAAUAG